AUGACAGCGAAAACAGAACUGUCCGGCUGGCCAGACUACACAGGCGAGGACUUCUCCCUGAUGGAACAGUCUAAACUGGAGCCUCUCGCAUCCAGAACCAGGGUACCAUCUCCUAGAGGGCCGUCUCUAUUCUCAACCAGAGAUACGGGCCAUUACGCGCACAGCGGCUCCAUGGAUAUCUCACUGGAGAAACUCAUGUCGGUGAGUAAACUAGCGGACAGUGGUGUCAGGAUAGAGAUGGACCUGGAUACAGUACCUGGAAACGGUAGGCAGCAGGGCCACCACCCGGGCCCGCAGAAACACCGGCGAGUCGCGGCUAACGCCCGGGAGAGACGGAGGAUGCACGGGCUGAACAAGGCGUUUGACACGUUGCGGAGUGUGAUUCCGUCCGAUAAUAAUAAAUUGUCCAAGUAUGACACUCUCCAGAUGGCUCAGAUCUACAUCCAGGAGCUUUCGGGGCUGCUCACCGGGGUGGUGAAGCCAGAGGUCCGGGGAGGGUCGCGGAGUGGAUGCGCCUCACCAGACAUAGACCACCUCAUCCCGGAUAGGAGGAACCUUCUGGGGUCUCUCUCUCCAGAGCCCUUGCGGGGUGGCGGCGGGAUGACUGGGAUCAGCAACACCCUGCAGGACUCCCCCUCCCCGCAGCCUAAGAACAAGAGACUGGUCGGACAACAGGAGAACAAUGGCCCCGUCGGUCACCUCAUCAUUCUGUCUGCGCCUAAAUCUGAUCUAGGAUCGGGGAAUAAGAGGGUGUCUAACACUUCCAACGGGAGUGAUGGAGAGUCGUCGCAUUACAGUGACUUUGAGGACGGACAGGCCGGUAGACGGUGA